UCUCUUCUAUAUAUAUGGAGUCCCUCUUCUUUCAUUCUUCACACUAUUGACAGUGGUUAAUUAUUCGCUUUGUGUUGUGGAAACUCCGAAAUGGCUCUCAUGGCUGAUGUUUGCAGUGCGAUGCAUGCUAAGAUGCUCCCUGUGAAGGGUUUAGGGUUUAAUCAUUCUGGCUCACGGAUUUUCAGUAAUCUGAGCUUCGGAAACAAUGCGCCGACAUCCCUGCCCUGUUUAUCUUUGAGGAAAGAAAAACAGCAAUACUCCAAUUAUAACCACAAUGUUAUCCGCAUGUCUGGACGCCGAGCUACAAAACUGAAUGCUGCAGUCAUCCCUUUAGAAGCUGCGGAGGUUAGAUCAGAAGUACCUGUGAAAGUUGAGAAGAUUUACACAACAACAGUUGUCUCAGUGGAGACUCUUGUUGGCCCCAAAGGCGAAAUCGGAGAGGUCUGCCAUAUUGUGCUUGAUCACGGUGGCAGUUUUAGUUUCAAGGAAGGCCAAUAUCUUUUAGUACAUUUUCAAUCGAUCAAACGCUAUUUCUCGAUUGCAUCAGGUAGCAGUGGAGAUACUUUUGAUGGCAAGACACUCAGUCUAUGCGUUCGUCGUGCCGAACUGUCGCCAGACAGUGUCAGUAACUUCCUCUGUAAUGUUAAAGCUGGAGACACAGUUGACAUUUCAGGUCCUUUUUGUGUGGACAAAUGGUAUUUGACGAAGAAAGGAAAAUGCAUUCUAAACAUAUCAUGGUUGCAACGGCAGCUGGUGUUGCCCCUUUCCGCAGUAAUAUCCAAGGCAUAUUUUUAUCUAACAUACUAGGAAAUACUGAUAAUAUCUGGUUGAUCUCCGGGGCUGACAACUAUAACAGCCUUUUAUACGACAAGGAAUUCAUUCAAGUUCAAAAUAACAAUAGUGAUCGCUUCAGGAUUCUUUGGUCUUCUUCGUUUGCUCGAGCGGCGACCCCCAGGAGAAAAGAUAUCAGAACCCGA